AUGCCUGUCGCAGCUCUGCGGGAUAGCAGCAAUGGCAGCUUGAAGGGCUUGGACGCAGUGGAUCAGCAGACAGACCACUCUGAAGACUCAGUCUACAAAGUCCGCAAGCGCACGGUGCACCGGGAGGAGAGCGAGCAGGCUGCGCUCUCCUUUCGCUCCGUGGGCCCGGAAGAUGCCGAGAACCCGUUCCAACAAGGGGGGGACAAUGCAACUACCUCCUCCACGACAUUGCCAUCAACGGCACCAGCUCAGGGCGAAGACGGUGCUGCACUCUAUGUCAAGCAGCUCAAGCAAGACCAGGAGGAAAUCGGAUUUGGAAUCUCUGUUUUCUUUUAUUCGACUUUGGCUUGGGACAUGUUCCUGUUGUGGAUGCUGCUGUCUCCAGAUCCACAGGUACGCAGCUACAGCGUGAAGACCAUUAGCUCGUGCAUGGCCAUCUUCAUGGCCUUGUCUAUCGAACAUGCCGAGCUCGGGCUGGUCGUGAACGGCUUUCACAUGAAAAAGCUGUGCACUGUGCUGUUUCUUCUGCACUGGGUGCUCAUUCCCGUGAUUACCUGGCCGUUGCGUGGGUCGCAUGUGAACUUCGCCGCGGCGGUGCAUAUCCUGGCUCACGUCACGGCAUUUCUUGGCAUUUGCGCGUGCAACCAGUUCUUCUCCAUUGUGCGUGCGGCCACUUCUGGAUUUAGUCCUGUUGUCGUCAUCGGCAUCCAGUUUUUGCUUCUCCUGAAGCUCGCCAUAGCUGCCCGAGUGGUUGUCCUCCUUACGAGCAAAUUCUUGCGACGUCAAAUCAAUGUACCGGACGAGCCUCACGCCCAACACGUGGAGGCACACCACUCGUCACUCACAGAGGCGGAGUACCUGGAGGAGGUGGAAGAAGCGAACAUUGAAGCUGCAUGCAUCCUGGUGAGCUACCUAGCCAAGAAUUGGAUCGUUUCCUCACUCCUCCUCUGGUGCCAGUUCGACUACGGCAAGCUCUCCGAAGGCGAUGUGGUGAACAUGAAACAGUCUGAAGGCUUCCUCCUGUUUAUCACCUACCUCAGUGCAGCCACACUCGCCAUCUACGGCAUCCUUGCGAUCCUCCAAGGUGCGGCGCCGUACAUCCUUCAGAACCAUGGUUACAAGCACUAUCUGACACUGUUGAACUUCACCACUGCCUGGACUUCAGCUGCGCUCAUCAAAUGGCUGGUAUGCUUUUUCCUGGUGGAAGAGACAUGCAUCCGUGUUACGGGUGCCGUGUUUUGCACUAUCCUUGGCUGCCUCCUCCUCAUUGUCGUCGACAAACUGGCCGACUUCUCCUUGAUCGGGGAGCCGGAAGCCGAGGCAUUAGCGCGGGCCCUGGGCACCCCAGGCACCAAAGGCCCUGCUUUCGGACGGUUCUGGACUUAUGCUGUCGUGCUGCGUUUUGCACUGUGCCGUGUAAAGCGGCAUGUCUUGUAA